GCACUUUGGAGUUUUACCUACACAACCCUGGCAUCUUCCUGUUCCGUCUGCUAUAAUUUUGACAAGGUGCAUGGCGUUUUAUUGAAAAAAGAAAAUGUUAUGCAAUACACAUAAUAUGUUCACUUAACAUUACAAGCUAAAUUUAAAUAACAAUAAGGAUGAAAAUAACCGGUUAAAGUGCGUUAAACUGGGUGAUUUUUAUUUAACAUGAUAUAUGUUUUGAAUACGGCGAAAGUUUGUCGAAAAAUAUCAUGUCUAACUUUAUCGAAAGUACUUACUGCAAACCUUUCUGCUGGACCGGCAAAACCGGCAAUAAAAAUAUCCCAUUUAAAAGAAAGAUCGAGUCAAGUAGUUGCAAACAAACAAAGAUCACAUACAAUUGUUGCGGAAUCAAAACACGCGAUUCCUCCUGACAUUUUACAGGAAUUAACUCCAAUUUCUGUCAAUAAAACAAAGACAUUAAAUAGUGAUGACAGAAUUGAUUCUGCUGAUACAGUUCAAAAAAAAGUAAAAUGGAAAUUUUUAGAAUUCGACGCAACGAAACUUCACAAAUAUUGUCUUAUGCUUUCAAAAGCGAGAUUAACUUCACUUGUAGUCAUUACAGCUAUGGGUGGAUAUGCCAUGGCACCGGCCCCAUUUGAUCCAUACGUUUUUACAAUGUGCUCCCUUGGCACGGGUUUAGUUUCGGCAUCGGCAAAUGCAAUCAAUCAAUUUUGUGAAGUUCCUUUCGAUGCUCAAAUGAAUCGAACGAAAAAUCGAGUACUAGUCCGUGGUUAUCUUGCUCCUGUUCACGCUGCAGUUUUUGCAGCGAUGUCUGGUACGAUAGGCUUGGUAAUUCUUUAUUCUCAAGUAAAUACUUUAACGGCAGCAUUAGGUGGUGCUAAUUUAAUUUUAUACACUCUUAUUUAUACACCCAUGAAACGAAUCAGUAUUCUUAACACCUGGAUUGGUUCAGUAGUUGGUGCAAUUCCACCUUUGAUGGGUUGGGCUGCUUGCCUCGGAGACAUAAGUUCGCCCGGUGCUUGGAUUAUGUCUGGAAUUUUAUAUGCCUGGCAAUUUCCCCAUUUUAAUGCUCUUUCAUGGAAUCUUCGACCAGAUUAUUCGCGUGCCGGUUAUAGAAUGAUGGCAGUUACAAAUCCCGAUCUUUGUCGAAGAACUGCCUUAAGGUAUACAGCAUCAUUGAUGGUUAUUUCAUACCUGGCCCCAAUUUUUGACGUUACAAAUUGGUGGUUUUCUGUGAUAUCAACGCCACUCAAUAGUUACUUUCUUUAUCUAGCUUGGCAAUUUCAUAAACAGUCUGACAGUGCGACAUCACGUAAAUUAUUUCGAUUCUCACUUCUUCAUCUUCCGGCGUUAAUGAUUCUAAUGUUGAUCUGCAAGAAAUAUUGGUUCAUUGAUUUUGCAGGAAAUAAAAAAGUCAAAGAAACAAUUAAUGAAGAAAAACAUCAAGACAGACUAUCAACAUCUAUCGCGGGACUUUUUUCACCGACGUCUGCUUAAAAAGAAAAAAUCGACACGUACAAAAAAAAAAAAAGAAAAUCAAUAGCUCAGCGUAGAGAAUGAAAUGUUUAUUAUUUCAUAAACAUUUGCUAAACAAAAA